AUGAAAUCUCCUGCAAUCAAAGGAGAAAACAUUGGUUCUGAUGAAGAAGAUGAAUGGGGAUUAGAACCUCGUAUUUAUAGGUCUUCUGCUUUGAAAGACAAUGAGUUAUGCAAAGCUUUCUUUUACGCAGCAAGAAUGAAUAACUUAGAACUUGUUAAAUUACUUUUCAAAAGGUUCCAAUACAAAGAUGACGUGAAAGAAGGAAAAUUCAAUGCUUUGACAAUGGCUUGUAAAAAUAGUAAUAAAGAAAUGGCUCUUUUGUUGUUGAAACAUGGCGCUGAUAUCAAUAACACUGCAAAAGAAUUUGCUGAAAGAGAUUCUUCAGCUUUGUGUGAAGCAAUCAGAGCGAAUAACAUGGAAUUAACAAAGAUUCUUCUUAAGAAAGGUGCAGAUGUAAAUUGGGCAAUGCAUUGCGAAGGUCAUGAAACUGUUAGAACUCCAAUUAACUUGGCUUCAAACUUAUCACUUGAUUAUGUUAAAUUACUUUAUGAAAAUGGUUUUAAUUCAAACGGAAUGGAAAUGUCUUAUCAAUGUUUGUUUCUUGUUUGUAAAAUUGUCACUUUUAAUAAUAAAAAAAUUUUUAUCAAAAAAACAUUUUUUUGA